AUGCCUUCUGGGGCUACCUUUGCUGAAAUCCUUGGUUGCAAGCACCCCAGGUUGCACAGAUUUGCUUUUCCCCAGAAGAAGAUGUGGCUGUUGCCAGAGCAGCUAGGAGACCAGCAGCCAGAGCACCAUCUGUGCACACAGCUUAUCCAUACCGGCCAGCUCGGCACAGAGAAAUGUGUCAGCUCCCACUUUUCCAGAUCAGCUGAAAGCCUCCUUCGUGCUCCAGUGAAAUUUUGCAACCAUUCCCUGAAGAUCUAUUCCCUUCACCCAGCACAUCUGACUGCCACAGCUUUCUUUCAGCAAGAAGCUCCUUCUGCAGUGCUGUUUUCACAGGCUGGAGCUGGGAAGAUUCAUCUGCUCUUCAGUGUCACCUCCCUGCCCCGCAAGCUGCAGAAUGAUCAUCCCAGGGUCCUGGGGAAUGGUACUGUCCUGAUUCAAGACCCUUCCAUGUUUUACAACCUGAACAAAACUCCAAAAGAAGUUGUUUACCUUGCAAAAAUAAGCAUGGAAUGGCCCCUCUCCAAUACACCAGGAAAACUGCCAAUCAACUGCUGCUACACUCAGCUGCUUCUGGGCAGGAGUUCUCCUGUCUGCAGUUUGAGAAGCAUUAACCAUCCAGUUGGGCUAUUGCCAGAUUCUUCCUUCAGGAUGCCUUCAGCUGUGAAUAAAUGUUCUACAGACUGCCAUGCAGUACACUAGUCCUCUUUUGAAGAAGGACUCCUGACUGCCCCUCAGGUUAUCAGUGGAGGUGAAGUCUACUUUAUUCUUGGAUGCUGAGCACUUGUAAGGCACACCUUAGAGAUAACACCUUACCCUCUGUCCUACAACCCUUCCCAAAUGGGUCAUCCUUCCAGUUGCAGUGUUUCCCUUUGAAGACAGUAGUAACUGUAGUUUGUUUCAGC